AUGCCUUGGACACCCGCCCAGCGAACUCGUCUAGUGACAGAGAAACGAAUUUUGGAGCAGUUCUUUCCUGGUCGUGUUCAGUGGAUUGAUCCGCAAGGCGACACAAAAGUCGAAGUUUCGCUCAACACAAACAAUGGCAACAAAUAUCGCCUGAGAAUAUAUUUGAAAGCUGCUGAUAGCAGUAGUUCAGACUUCCCGAAUUCUGUGCCAGAUAUGGUGGUUUGUUCAUCCCCAAAACCGAUGCCAAAGUGGGGAGCUGAUGGUAAGAAACAUACCCUGGGCUACCGCGAUAACUUUGUAAAGAUUUGUCAUUAUCGUACAAGUCGUUGGACUGACCGUUCCACUCUCUACGAGGUCGUGAUGAAAGGAAGAGUUUGGUUGGAAGCGUACGAAGGACAUUUGAUGACAGGGAAAUGUCUUAGCGAAUUCUUAGGCGAGAUGAGGAAUUGAAAAAAAUGGAGUGAAAAUCAGAGUGAAAAUAGAUCUAAAUAAGACC